ACGAGAAGGGGCUUGUCUGCAUUAUUGAUUUAUACGGACAUCUAGCGGUGACACCAGGUUUUCUGUCUCUGUAGUUUGUAACUUCUUGGAAUGUGGACGUGGAUAAGGUUUUGGUACAGCUAUGGCUGUAAAAAAAGGGAGGCAUUAUUUUUCUGGUACGGGGAGAAGAUGCCCUGUUCUUGCGGGAACUGGAGAAGAUGGAUACGGCCGCUGGCUGUGCUUCUAUACAUAUUCUUACUGCUGGCGGUGCUGCCUCUGUGCAUCUGGGAAGUGCAGAAAUCCGAGGUCGGCGUCCACAACAAGGCUUGGUUCAUCGCUGCCAUAUUUGUGUUUAUGACCAUACCGAUUUCUCUGUGGGGGAUCCUGCAGCAUCUUGUGCAUUAUACUCAACCUGAGCUGCAGAAACCUAUCAUCCGGAUAUUAUGGAUGGUUCCUAUAUACAGUUUAGACAGUUGGAUUGCCCUUAAGUACCCCAGCAUCGCCAUCUACGUGGACACGUGCAGGGAAUGCUACGAGGCUUUCGUCAUCUAUAACUUCAUGACCUUUCUGCUGAACUACCUGGGCAAGCAAUACCCCAGCCUGGUGCUGAUGCUGGAGGUGCAGGAGCAGCAGAGGCACCUCCCCCCGCUCUGCUGCUGCCCGGCCUGGCCUAUGGGAGAGGUAUUGCUGUUGAGGUGCAAGCUGGGAGUUCUGCAGUACACAGUCGUGAGGCCCGUCACUACCAUCAUAGCUCUGAUUUGCCAGUUAUGUGGCGUAUACGACGAAGGAAACUUCAGCUUCAAAAACGCGUGGACCUACUUGGUCAUCUUCAACAAUAUGUCCCAGCUGUUCGCCAUGUACUGCCUGGUGUUGUUCUACAAAGCCCUGCGUGAAGAGCUCCGCCCGAUCCAUCCCGUUGGGAAGUUCCUGUGCGUGAAGCUGGUGGUGUUUGUGUCUUUCUGGCAAGCUGUUUUUAUCGCAUUUCUUGUCAAGGUGGGCGUGAUCUCAGAGUUGCACACGUGGGACUGGGACAGCGUAGAAGCCGUGGCUACAGGUCUCCAGGACUUCAUCAUCUGCAUGGAGAUGUUCCUGGCAGCUAUAGCACAUCACUUCACCUUCAGCUACAAGCCCUACGUCCAGGAUGGCGGCGAGGUCUCCUGCCUGGACUCCUUCAUGGCCAUGUGGGACAUCUCGGACGUCAGGGAUGAUAUAUCGGAGCAAGUGCGGAACGUCGGGAGGACGGUGCUGGGCCGGCCCAGGGUGGCGUACUUCGAGGGGAAUCAGGAGCAAGGUGAGCAGACUGGACUGCUGUCGGCCGACGGCCCGGAACCUUCCACCGAGGUCGCCGCCAUCUCGCCGGCCCCGUCGGGCCGCUAUCGGGGCCUGGGGCACACGGUGACGCCGCCCACCCUGCCGUCGGUGGACGGCUUCGGCCAGGACGACGCAGCGACGAAACUGCCGCCCGAGGACACGGUUUCCUAGCCGCUUUCGCGGUGUCUGAGAACAGCGUAUUAGCGUAAUAAUUCUACUUGAUCGGAAUGGAUAACUCUGUAAUGCUGACCCACAGGCGGUCGCACAGACUCGCAGACUUCAUAAGCUCCAUACAGCAGCAAUAGCCUCUGACAGCUUCACGAAUGUCAAACCUGAAUUUUUAACUGCAGUGUGAAAUCCAUGCAGCAUAUCGCCUACGGCCUUUUACUUCCUGUAUUCCGUUUCUUUUUUUCCAUACUCUUUUAAAUUAAGCUACAUUUUUUAGAAAAACAAAAUGAUUUUAAUAGCCAACCUGGAAGCACACUUUUAGGUCAAUUGUAACAAACUCAGUCUUACUGUAUGUUUAACUUGCUUUAUGCCUCUUUCUGCGUUUAUGCUUUUAAAAAGUCACUACAAAUGACACUAGGGAAGAGUCCUUUGCAUAAAAGGGGUUAAAAUAUAUAUGUUUUUCUUAAGUGGGAAGUCAGUAUGGUCAUUCCUGCACACACCAAAGAUCUGGCUGUUGUUGUUGGUGACCACAGUUAACACACUGUGUAUGUUGUUUAAUCUGACUCGUCAUUUUUCCAGUAAUGGAAAAUGGCUAAAAUAAGUACUAUAAUUUGUCUGUUGAUGGAAGGUGACAACUGAAUAGAAAAUGUGUGAUUGUUUUAA